ACAAACUUGGAAAUUAUGUCUGUCAUAGGGUCACUGGGCGAUGGGGUCAGCAGUAAUCAUUUCACAGUGGAUGCCAUACCAUUGGAUCAUUACCAUCGAAGAAGAAAAUGGGAAGUGACGACAGAGGCGCCAAAAAUCAAAAUUAUUUCUUCCAGCGGAUCAUCGGCUGCAGAGGCAAUGUGUGACAGCGCAAACACGUUCCCGGUUUACAAGGCGGACGCACUAGUCCAGUUCUUUCGUGCAGAGGUACUUAUUGGUCAAGAGGCCAAACAUUUUGCUAAAAGUGAUAUCACACCAACACCCAAGCCAGAUGUCAUACAGCGGCUAUACAUGAGGGUGCUGCAACUGGUAUUUCGCAUCAAGCCGGAAUCCCUAUAUCUGGCACCUUUGUCUGAAAACAUCCAGCAUCCUUCACUAUAUGAAGGGGCUGCCCCAAUCAUGAAUCUCUUCUUGCGCAUGCGCCAGUUCUUGCCAAUGUGCCAUGUGUAUGAUUUCUCACUCAGUGACCUGCUUACUCCCAGGGCCAAGCAGACCAUCACUGUUAUGAGUGGCAUCAUGAAUUUCCUCCACUUCCGGAAACAGAGGAUGGAAGUGACUGCAGCACACCAGCAGAGCUUUCGGGAGAACAUGGAUAGGCAGAAAGCCUGCACACAGGGGAUCAAGGAUGCAGAGAGAAGAAUAAAGGAAUUGACGACCAUCCCUCCUGAACAGCAGGCCGAAGCUAAAGAACUGGACAAAGCUCUAGCUGAGCUACAUGAGAACACAGCACAGGCGUAUCAGGAAGUGAAUAACCUAAAAGCUGAAGUCAGCGAUGGAAAGAAUGAAAAUAAUGAGCGGAUGCAGAAACUGAGUCAACUGAAGACCGAUGUCAGUGCCCUCAAAGAGGCCAUCAGCAAGCUCAAGUCCCAGAUUGUGGAGUCGCCUGAGGACCUCAAGAACGAGAUGAUGAAGAUGAAGGAAAACAUCAAAACCAUCAAAAAUUCUAAAGAGCUGGCAGAUGAGAAGCUGGUGGAGUGGCAGAUCAGUGUGCAGGCGGUGGAACAGAGCAAAGUGGAGAUCCAGCUGCUGUACAAACUGCUGCAGGACCUCCAGACCAGCAUGACCAAGGCGCACCACCAGCAAGAGGAGAUCCAACAGUUGGCUUCUGAGUACGAGCAGCAUCUGAAAGAACUGAAGGCCGUGGGCGUGGAGGAGGCCCAGCUGAAGAGGGCGCACGCCAUGAAACAAGACAAGGAGUCUAAGCAGCAAAUCCGCCGGCAGAAAAAGAAAGAGAUGAAGGACCACCACCUGCGCAACAUCAUGGGGGAGUAUGACCGGGUCCAUCAGAAGCGAGAGGAGGUGGUGGAGGAGAUCCAGGAGCUGAGAAGAGAGACCCAGAAGCUCAAGGCCAAUAUGCAGAACAUGAAGGACACCUGCAACAAGGAGAUCCAGAAGGCACAGACCCUCUACGACCAUCUGUUAAGCAACCUGGAUCAGUUCCACAAGCGCAUUGAAAAUCACAUCGUCGAAGGCAGCGCAGAUAUUCACAAAAUAAAGUCAAAUUUCUAGCUGUAUUUUUCUGUUACCCUUCCUUACCGUCUUGUUAUAUAUUCUGUCCUGUUUGUUAUGUUUAUGUAAGUUAUCAUUGAUAAAUGUUGUUAUUAAAGACAUUGAAACUGU